UAUGGGGUAUCCACGUGGGUCUUGCUGUCGGGGUCAGGCAGAAAGUAACCAGUUGCCUCCGAGCAGUGACUCGAGUCAAAGAACGCGUGGUAAACCAAGUCGGAUAAGAAAGGCGACAAGUUCAGCCACAUAAUGGAUUUCGUAUCUUGGUCUUCUACGUUACUCAAGUUGAACGGUUACGAAGGAACAUCAAAUCAACAACAACGACAGCAGCAAGCGGGCCUUUUAACCUCUUCCUGGCCAUGGAUAUCGGACCCAACUAGCGCUACACGCCCAUCAUUGUUACUCUUAGAUCUGGCAGUUUUGGAAGCUGCCGCUGCCAAUCAUUUUUGGCAUCCAACAUCAGCAAGCUCUUUGGCCAUGGCGAACUUUAUGUCAUCAAGAAUUAUGGAUAAGCAGCAUCAACUGUCUUUUGGCAUUGAUCGCAUUCUCGGCAAUCAAAUUGGAGUCAAUCGCUCAAUCACUCAGGUGCCAACGCAUGCUUGGUCUGGUGACCACGAAAGAGACAGCCUAUCUGUCGCACAAAGGCAGGAAAUCACGGUCGUUGAGAAGCAAGUGAGAGAUAUUCGACAAGGGCAAAUGGAACAACAAGACUCGAUUGACCAGCAACAAACGGGCAGCAAUAACAGUCGGCGAAAGCGGUCUUGGUCGCGUGCCGUCUUCUCCAAUUUACAGCGGAAGGGGCUUGAAAAACGUUUUCAACUUCAGAAAUACAUCACUAAACCAGAUCGCCGACAGCUGGCAGCUGCCCUCCAGCUCACCGAUGCACAAGUAAAAGUCUGGUUCCAGAAUCGAAGAAUGAAAUGGCGUCACAAUAAAGAACCACACCUUACAAAUGAAGUGUCAUGCAACAGUCCUCUAGCUCACUACACAGACGUUGCUAAAAACCUCAGUUGUGUGGACGAUAGCGGCAGUACAUCUCAACAUGCCCUUCUUCCAAAAUCACAUCCAGCGCGGUUUCAGACAUUUAAAAAGACUUAAAACGAAUUGCAAAGGAAAAACAGAUAUAAAAAAAGAUUCACAUCUAACAAGCGCAUCUUGUUUCGAUUUACUAACUACUCUAUUUUAGUC